GCUGCUUUAGGGAUCGAGAUCCAGGAUAUAACCAAGGUGAUGGAGGCAAUUGAAGCCGACCUUGUUCCUGGCUCGGAUGUCCCUAUUGUGGCCGAGCAGAAGGAAGAAGCUGCUGACGUUUCUCUCGAAAGGGAGAAAAGUCCGGAUAAGGAGAUGGUGGAUCUCACCGAAGCUCACGUAGAGGUUCCCGAAGCUGAGAAGGAGGAACCCGAGCAGGGUCUGACGAGGAAGAGGCGUCAUUCGACCUUGGGCUCCACUUCGACCUCGGCCCUGGAUAGACUGAUCCACGCUGACCCUUGCUCGGAUGUUCCGCUGAAACGGAUCCCCGAGGAGGUAAGGGAGGCGAUGGCUCGCUAUGCCAGAGCUCCGGUUUUGGGGGAGAACCCCAUGGCUCACGUGGGAUCUUUGGUGGGUCCCGAAGCUGCACGGGAGAAUCUUCUUCGGGCCAACCCGCAGUGGAGGGUUCCUGGAGCUGAGGAGAGGAACCCAGCUAUGAUGGCCCAAUAUUAUCUGAAUGAGGCUGUUUUCUGGUCCUCGUUCGCUUCCGAGUGUAGCUCGGUUGAGGAAAGGCAGCUGAGGAGGUAUCAGGAGGCUUAUGCUCGUGAUAUCCCUGUCUUGGACCAGAAGGCUGGGCAGCUCAUGGCCGAGAUGGUGGACCUCAAGCAACUGUACCUUCAGUACAGUCGUGAGGCUAGGGAAGCGGCGGAACAGAUCGGGGCCGAAGUUGGGAAGCUCACUUUCCAAGUUGAAGAGGAUGCUGAAAAGAUAGCUUCCUUCGACAGGGAGAGGAGAGAAAUGGCUGCCAAGUUUGCGAGCGAACUUGAAGAAAAAGACAGUCUUCUCAAGGAGAUGACGUCUAAAUUUGAGGCGGCCAUUAAGCAGAGCCAGGAAGCGGAGGCGAGGCUUCAGCAGUUUAUCAAGCACCGGGAGAUUGUUCAGAAUCAAGCUGACAAGGUGCCCGUUCUCCAGCUGAAGAUCCGAGAGAAAGAUGCUGCCAUUCGGAAGUUGGAGCAAGAGAGAGUUGACCUCUACACUGCUGAUCAGUGUAGAGAGCAAUACUGGAAUGGCAUCCUGGGUGCUCGGCGGAUGUUCGCGAAGCAUAUGCCUCAUUUCCCUUGGAAUGAGAAGGUUCCGCUCUGGAUGAGGGCCCAGGAUCACUUGGUGGAGUGCCAGGCCGAUCGAGACGAAGCUGAAGCUGAACGCCAAGCUGCUCUUGCAGAGGCUCGGGCCCAGAAGGCGGCUUCCGAAGGUGAUACUACUGCUGGGGGUUCUUCGAAGGAUGCUCCUCUGGGGGAUGCUCCUGAGACUCCCAAGAGCUAGGGAUUCGGGCAGUCGUCUUCUUCAGAGUCGGUCGGUUCCAGUUGAGGACUUCCGAACAUGUGCUUGCCUUUCCCCCUUUUGCCUCGGCGCUGCGUUGUACUUCUUUCUUUUUGUUUUCUUUAGUACUUCGGUAG